CACCAGAGUUUGAACGUUGGUAAAUUCUCGGUCGUUUCAAACUGUCCACAUAGAAACAAGUGCUCAAGAAUAUGUGAAGCCCCUGGCGAUGCAUACACACGCUGCCGCUGAGAGGACUUGGAACGUCGGUCUGUAGCAGAUAGAGGGAUGCACGCCUCUCUCAGUAGAUUAUCCUCACGCAUAUUGGUUCAGGUUACCAAUCACAAUGAUGCAAAGGAGACGAAACACAAUGGAGAACCCUUUAUUCUAUUCAUCUCACAGCCAACAUCACGGAUGGAUUCAAGUCUCAGAUAUGAGGGGUCCUCCAGGCCACUGGAUGUCAUGUGGUCACCCGUGUGCUGAACAUGCUGUGUGGAACCCCAAAUUCUGUGUGGUCACUGACUAUCAAAUGCUGCUGCUGGACAGAGAGGAGAUACACCCUCUGCUCCUACAGAAGAAGAGGACUGACACCUGCAAAUCCAGACUGCUGCGUCGCACCAUCAGUGUUCCUGUGGAGACGCAGUUCCCGGAAUUACAAUGUCAUCUCUCAGUGGACAACGACUCUCCACCUGAGAAAACAGGGCGGAGACGUAGCAUGCCAGGCUCUGCCCCUGACAAACCCCCGCCCACAAUGGAGCCCACUGCUGCUGCUGCUACACCCUUCAGGGUCACAGGGUUUUUGAGUCGCAGGUUAAAGGGCUCAAUAAAGCGGACUAAGAGUCAGCCUAAACUGGACAGGAACAGCAGUUUCAGACACAUCCUGCCAGGCUUCAGACCAGUGGACACCGACAGGUCUCAUCUGAAUCCCAGGCUGAAGGAGUCGCGCUCUCACGAGUCUUUGCUCAGUCCCAGCAGUGCAGUAGAAGCUCUGGACCUCAGCAUGGAGGAGGAGGUCCUUAUUAAACCAGUGCACAGCUCCAUCCUCGGACAAGAUUACUGCUUUGAGGUGAGCACCUCCACAGGUAGUAAGUGCUUUUCUUGUCGUUCGGCCGCAGAGAGAGACAAAUGGAUGGAGAACCUGCGACGGGCCAUCCACCCUAAUAAGGACAACAGUCGGCGGGUGGAGAAUACGCUUCAGCUGUGGAUCAUCGAAGCUAAGGACCUUCCGGCCAAGAAAAAGUACUUCUGUGAGCUCUGCCUGGACGACAGCCUCUAUGCCCGCACCACCUGCAAGCUGAAGACGGAUAACAUCUUCUGGGGUGAACACUUUGAGUUCAAUAACCUCCCUACAGUCCAGAACAUCACCGUCCAUGUCUAUAGGGACUCAGACAAGAAGAAGAAAAAGGACAAGAACAACUACGUGGGGUUAGUGAGCAUUCCAGUGGUGAAUGUCACGAGCAGGCAGCUGGUUGAGAAAUGGUACCCAGUUAGCCAACCCAAUCCAGGUAAAGGGAAAACGGCGGGUCCCAUGGUCCGCAUCAAGACCCGGUACCAGAGCAUGAACAUCUUGCCCAUGGAGCUCUACAAAGAGUUUGCCGAGUACACCACCAACAACUACAUGCUGCUCUGCUCUGUGUUGGAGCCAGUCAUCAGCGUCAAGAACAAAGAGGAGAUGGCCUGCGCUCUGGUGCACAUCUUACAGAGCACCGGGAAAGCCAAGGAUGAAUUUCAAAACGCCAGUGUCUUUAAUGUAUUUUCUCUUUCUUCCACUGUAGGUGAGUUCAUAAAGGCUCUGUAUGAGUCUGAUGAGAACUGUGAGGUGGACCCAUCCAAAUGUUCAUCUAGCGAUCUAGCUGAACAUCAGAGCAACCUCAGGAUGUGCUGUGAGCUAGCCUUCUGCAAGAUCAUUGAGUCUUACCGUGUGUUUCCACGGGAACUUAAGGAGGUGUUUGCGUCGUGGAGACAGGAAUGUGGUAACCGAGGGCGACCAGAUAUCAGCGAGCGUCUUAUCAGCGCCUCAUUAUUUUUGCGUUUUCUGUGUCCGGCCAUCAUGUCGCCUUCUCUCUUCAACUUGACGCAGGAGUACCCAGACGACCGCACUGCACGCACACUCACUCUUAUCGCCAAGGUUACGCAGAACCUCGCAAACUUCACCAAGUUUGGUAAUAAGGAGGAGUACAUGUCCUUCAUGAAUCAGUUCUUGGAGCAGGAGUGGACCAACAUGCAGCGCUUCCUGCUGGAGAUCUCCAACCCAGAGACCAUCUCAAAUACUGCAGGCUUCGAGGGCUAUAUUGACCUGGGCCGUGAGCUCUCCACCUUGCACUCCCUUCUAGCUGAGGUGGUGUCCCAAAUGGACCAGAGUGCUACCUCCAAGCUUGGCCCGUUACCUAGAAUACUGAGGGAUGUACAUGGAGCAUUAACAAACCCAUUGAAUGUACAGAUGAGCAUUCCUCCUGAUCGUGUUCCCUCCCCUCCAACCCCUGGAUGCAGCAUCUCCAGUGGAUUACAAAAGAUGGCCAUCGACAGCGACCUACCAGGUAGCCCGAUGGACUUCACUCGCCUUCCUUCCCCCACCCCUGAAAACAAAGACCUCUUCUUCGUCACACGCUCUUCUGGCCUCCAGGGCUCCCCUGCCCGCAGCUCUAGCUACUCCGAGACCAAUGAACCCGAGCUGGGCCUGGCCAAUGGUGGCAAGAGCCUGUCCAUGGUAGACCUGCAGGAAGCGGCCAGGGCGUUAGAACCCGUCGCCAUCCCGGCGGGGAUCACUUCAGAAGGUUUGGGUGAGGGUGCCAUGGUUCCCUGGAAUGCACGGACUCCCCAAGGCAACGUUACCGGAGGCCCCACUCUUCACAGGCCAGGACAGACUCCCACUACCCCAGGAACAGAAGGGGCCCCAGGCAGGCCUACACAGCUCUUGGCCCCGCUAUCCUUUCAGAAUCCAGUGUACCAGAUGGCAGCAGGGUUGCCCGUGUCAGCUAGAGGGAAUGCGAGUGGGGAUUCUGGGUCGGAGUGUCACAGCUCCGUCAGUUCCCAUAGCAACAACGAGGAGGGUCUUGGAGGAACCAAACACACGUUCCUUACCCAGGGAGCUUUGGUGGGGGAGGAGUUUGCAAGGCGUUCAGGAGAUUUCUCGAGACGACAGCUAUCGCUAACUGACGCGCAUCAUGGAAACCAGCCUACGGUUCCACGACAGAUCAGCGCUGGUCCUCAGCGGCGGAUUGACCAGCCACCACCACCCACACAGACUGCACCCAGAGGACGAACUCCACCCAACCUAUUGAACUCCAGCCCCUACCCACGGCCUCCUAAUAACACUGUGAUGUCAUCAUCAGCUGACUGGCCUGGAAGUGGCGCACGGCUUCGACAGCAGAGCUCCUCCUCUAAAGGGGACAGUCCGGAAAUGAAGCAUCGCGCACCACAUAAACAGUGUAUUAAUGGCAAUCUGAGAAGACCGAGAGCUUUUAGAAGACUUUUAGCCUUCUUCAAGGCAGAAUUUACUCAGAGCUGCUUUCCUCCUAGACUGAUGUUGAUGUCUGUGGAGGAAGAGCUGAAGAAGGAUCAUGCUGAUAUGCAGGCAGUGAUUGACUCCAAACAGAAGAUCAUUGAUGCGCAGGAGAAACGGAUAACAUCUCUGGACGCGGCUAACGCGAGGCUAAUGAGCGCCCUGUCACAGCUGAAGGAGCGCUACAGCAUGCAGACGCGCAACGGCAUCUCUCCCACCAACCCCACCAAACUGCAGAUCACAGAGAACGGGGAGUUUCGCAACAGCUCCAACUGCUGAACGACAGAUCCACAGAGAGACGCAGUGAAAGAGAGAGGACGUGAGCAAGUGUGCAGAUAUUCUAUAAGUGAACACUGAGAGAAAUACUGCAGGUGAGGAUACUCAACACUGACUUUUGAUGGUCCGCAGAGCGUUUGUUUGGAAAUGUGGAGCGAGAUCCACUUUAAACAUCCACUGGUGAGACUACUGUUCAAGUACUUCAUGUUAGGACACGCCACUAGACAUUCAUUUGUGUUUCACAACAACUAACUGUAAAAGAUAAAAAAACAAUAAUACAGCUAACAUGGUGACAUUAUACAGAUACUAGGACCUUCUAGCCUGCAAAAAAAAGUCAUUUCACUUAAUUUAAAAUAGGUGUUCUCCAUACAGCCUUUGGAAG